GGGGAGGAGCCGAGGAAUCGAAAGAGAAAGCAGGCGGCGGGAGCUGGCGGCCGCCGGCCUCCGGGAGCGGGGCGCGGGGAUGGAGCUGCGGGCGCUCUGGCUGCUUUGCUGCUGCCUCUGCUGCUGCUGCGGCCGCGCUGCGGAUCCCCGCGCCACCUUCACGGCGACGGAGCCGCGGAGCCGCGAGCGACAGGCAGCCGCCUUCCGGGAAAGUCUUCAUAGACAUCGAUACUUGAAUUCUGUAUUCCCUGGUGAAAACUCCAGUGCCGUCUAUGGAAUAAAUCAAUUUUCUCAUUUGUUUCCUGAAGAGUUUAAAGCUAUUUACUUAAGAAGCAAACCUUCCAGAUUGCCCAGAUACCGAGCAGAAGUGCAAACAUCCAUACCCAGUGUGUCUUUACCGUUAAGAUUCGACUGGCGGGACAAGCAUGUUGUAACACAAGUGAGAAACCAGCAGACCUGUGGAGGUUGCUGGGCCUUCAGUGUGGUGGGUGCCGUGGAAUCUGCAUAUGCGAUAAAAGGGAAGCCUUUGGAAGACCUAAGUGUUCAGCAGGUCAUCGAUUGUUCAUAUAAUAAUUACGGCUGCAAUGGAGGGUCUACUCUCAAUGCUUUGAACUGGCUGAAUAAGACGCAUGUAAAACUGGUGAGAGAUUCAGAGUACCCAUUCAAAGCGCAAAAUGGCCUGUGCCGUUACUUUUCUGAUUCACAUUCUGGAUUUCCAAUCAAAGGUUAUUCUGCAUAUGACUUCAGUGACCAAGAAGACGAAAUGGCAAAAGCACUUGUCACCUUUGGCCCAUUGGUCGUGGUAGUAGAUGCAGUGAGCUGGCAAGACUAUUUAGGAGGCAUAAUACAGCACCAUUGCUCUAGUGGAGAAGCAAAUCAUGCAGUUCUCAUAACCGGGUUUGAUAAAAUAGGAAAUACUCCAUAUUGGAUUGUGCGGAACUCAUGGGGAAGUUCAUGGGGAGUAGAUGGCUAUGCCCAUGUUAAAAUGGGAGGCAAUAUUUGUGGUAUUGCAGAUUCUGUUUCUGCUGUAUUUGUGUGAUUUGUUGGGCAGAUCAAGGGACAACUACGAAAUGAAGGUUCAUAAUGGAAUGGAGCAUAGAGUUCAUUCUCAGUGUUAUUUGCCUGUAGGCCAUCAGCUCAGUGGCCUGGAAGUAAUCUGUGGAAGAGUUUCCUACUUUAGGAUGAAGGUCAGGUUAAGAAUUUCUUCAAUUUGAAGAGACUUAUCUGGUUUGAUUAUUGUUGGUUUGCUUGUUUUAAUGAUACACUUCUAGUAAGAUUAAAGAAGGGAUAGGAAUUGCUUUUCCUUUGUAGAAUAUAAUCACUAGCCUUAGCUUACACUUAUAUAGAAGAAAGCCAGCCUAAAACGGGGUGUGCUUCUCACAAUUCACAGCCCACCGAGAUGGAAUUUCUUAAGGAUUUUGAAAUGCCAAUUGCUUUACCUCCACAAAAGACACAUACCCCUUGAACUGUAGAAAGGUCAUGUAGAAAGAAGCAAAAGGAGAAAGGCACUUUUUAAGAGAAAUAGAUUGAAAUUGAAGGACCGAUAUGGCAGCUAUAUGGUAGGAAAAACUCAAGUAGCAUUGUCUGAGCGACUAUUGUUAGGAGACUUUGUCAAUAGGAUUCCAAUGGGUCUUUUUUCUUAGUUUGUUCUCCCUGUGUUGAGGAGCAAUGCAUUUUCCCACUCUCUUUCUCUUACUCUUUACUGUGCCACUCCUAAAUUUUCCUAGUGGCUUGACUUCCCUGACUAAAGAAGCCUCCUAUUUUUACUAUUUUAUAACCAUUUAUUUGGCUCCAUUUGUUUCUAAGCCUUUAUCAAACCAGGAUCUCACCUUUCGGUUCCUCCCACCAUUCCUAGGCACCACCCCUUUCAAAGCCUAAUCCCAUCAGUCUGAGGUCUCAGCCAAACUGAAUUUCCUAGGCUCUCUGGUUUCCCACUCUUCUGCUUAUUUUUUCCAGAUUCCCAUUAAAACCACAUUUUUGUGCA